UGUCGCGCGCCGGGCGGCUGCGCACAAUCGGUAGCCGCCCCAGCAAAGCGGUUCUCGAGGAGGUUGGGGCUGUUAACAACCACGGCUAGAGCGCCCAAUAUUGCGCAGGCGCCUUAAGAAGAUUUCUGCUUUGCCGGUGUCCCUUUGGGUCUCCCUUGCCCCCAGGACCCACGAGCGCCGAGUUCCACCAGUGCUGAGUUCCGCGUGCCGGCAGCGGGAACCCUGAUUGCUCUCCUUCAACACAUUGAUUAUGGAGUUGUUAGUGAUACUUUUGUUUUCUGGACUUUUAACUGGUUGUAGAGGUAACUCUUCCCAUAGUUUGCCACCCAAGUUACUACUGGUGUCCUUUGAUGGUUUCAGAGCUGACUAUCUACAGAACUAUGAAUUUCCUCAUCUCCAGAAUUUUAUCAAAGAAGGAGUCCUGGUGGAGCAUGUUAAGAAUGUUUUUAUCACAAAAACAUUUCCAAACCACUACAGUAUUGUGACAGGCUUGUAUGAAGAAAGCCACGGCACUGUGGCUAAUUCCAUGUAUGACGUAAUCACAAAGAAACACUUCUCUGACUUUGAUGACAAGGAUCCUUUUUGGUGGGACGAAGCAGUACCUAUCUGGGUGACCAAUCAGCUUCAGGAAAACCGAUCGAGCGCUGCUGCCAUGUGGCCUGGUACCGAUGUGCCCAUUCACAAUACCACACCUUCCUAUUUUAUGAAUUAUAGCUCUUCGGUGUCAUUUGAGGAGAGACUAAAUAAUAUUACCACGUGGCUCAUCAAUUCGAACCCACCAGUCACCUUUGCAACACUCUACUGGGAAGAACCAGAUGCAAGUGGCCACAAAUACGGACCCGAAGAUAAAGAAAACAUGUACAGAGUGUUGAAAGAAAUAGACGACCUUAUUGGGGAGCUCGUCCACAAACUCAAGGCGCGAGGAUUGUGGGAGAGUCUUAAUGUGAUCAUUACCAGUGAUCACGGGAUGACCCAGUGCUCUGAGGAGAGACUGAUAGACUUGGAUCGCUGCAUUGAUAAGUCGAGCUACACUCUUGUGGACUUGACUCCAGUUGCUGCUAUCCUUCCUAAAAUCAAUACAACAGAGGUUUAUAACAAACUGAAAGCCUGUAGCCCUCACAUGAAUGUUUAUCUCAAAGAAGACAUUCCUGCCAGAUUUCACUACCAACAUAACAGUCGAAUUCAGCCUAUUAUUUUGGUUGCUGAUGAAGGCUGGACAAUUGUGUUAAAUAAAUCAUUACCAAAAUUAGGUGACCAUGGUUAUGAUAAUUCUUUGUCUAGUAUGCACCCGUUUCUAGCUGCCCACGGUCCUGCAUUUCACAAAGGCUACAAACACAACACAAUUAACAGUGUGGAUAUUUAUCCAAUGAUGUGCCACAUCCUGGGAUUAAAACCACGUCCCAAUAAUGGAACCUUCAGUCAUACUAAGUGUUUGCUGGUUGACCAGUGGUGCAUUAAUCUUCCGGAAGCCAUUGGAAUUGUUAUCGGGGCGCUCUUGGUCUUAACCACGCUAACAUGCCUCAUGAUAAUUAUGCAGAAUAGACUGUCUGUGCCCCGUCCAUUUUCCCGACUUCAGCUGCAGGAAGACGAUGAUGAUCCCCUGAUUGAGUAGUAUGUGCCGGAGUUUAUACGGAGUAUCUUUGAUCAGUCACGAAACCAAGGAUGCACUCAAGGGAUGGUGGUGUAACUAUGAAAACUCUGCUUUGAAAGACAAAAAAUGUAGACCAAGCAUGCUAGAGUUAUCUUGCUUUUCCUUGUGCUCUGUUUUGUUGCAUCAACUAAUACAAAAAAACCCUGACCAUAGUGAAAAUUGCUAGUAAAUCGUUAGUUAACACCACCUGUUUCUCUCCCUAGAAGCUUAUUUUAAGAAAAAUAUUGCCUCUGUCUUUUUCUUUGCAAAGAAGAUUUGACACAUUUUUAAAUAAAAACAGACUAAAAUUUAGUAGGCAUGUUUUUCUAGUACAUUUUUAUAUUUGUAACUGAAACAACAGAAAUCUUUAUGCAAUUAGUGGAUUUUAUGUAUCGGGAAGGAGAAGUUUUCUAUAUUUUUAUAUUUAUUAACUUUAACAGAAUUUGUAUCCUAAGUAAACCUGUGACAUAGGAAACCCUCUGUGAUGGUUAAUCAAGUCGGUUAACCAGGCAGAACAGAUCUAGCAUAUGAAGAAAUUGUUUUUAAGAAAAGCUUCCCUAAAACACCAAACAAAGACCACGUGAUACAAAGCCUGAGUGUUCACCAUUGUGUCUUUGUUAAGACCUGUAACUGUUGAAGCCUCAAAAGAUACUUUUUCAAGAUUGUUGCUAAUAAGAAAUUAAGAGAAUAGAAUUGCUUUCCUCAGUUUGUGCUUAACGCCUGUAUUAAGUUAUUCGUGUGUGUGCGUGUGCGUGUGCAUGUGCGUGUGCGUGUGUGUGGUAUGCAGACUUCCUGAGACUUACAGAAGGUGUCAGAGGUAGGCUGGUCUGUAGGCCGACUUCCCCAGAACAUGGCUCUCAGGAAAAGGGUAUAUUUGCACUUCGUAUUUGUUUACUUUCUUCUGACUCACAAGCUAAAAUCCUAACUGAAGAAAGCUCAGUUUUUGUUGCCAUUUUGUACUUUCUCAUGUUGUUUAUUUUAACCAGAGGUAUCCAAGUCCUGCAGCAACAUUUAUGACCUGAAUACAAAUCUGGUUUCAGUUGGGUCAGAAUGAGGAAGAGAGAUUUUGAUAUCUACCUUUGGGAGAUCAUGCCUUCCUUUUUAGGCAUGGAAUUUGAUAUCUUUUGAUCCUUUCCACUAUUCGUACAUUCAGUGGCAGAAUAAACUCUUAGCACUGUUAACCUUCCGCAGCCUGAGUGCUGCCUCUGAUUUUUUUCUGUGUUUGGUUUGUAGAAAUAAUCACUCUGCUCCUAUUUUUGCAAACAUACCUGUUCAGAGCUAAGCAUCUGCUGUGAAGAACGACCCUCCUACCUUGCUAGGUGGUACUUUCUAAUAACCAGAAUUAAUAUGCAGAAACUGAGUUGUGGCAAACUUGAUUGUAUCUGUUAAAGGAAAAACUGGGUUUAAGAACCAUCCCUCAGGGCCAGAGGAAAGCCAUUAAUAGAGUGAUCUUUAAAGUUCUAACAAUAUAAAAUAAACUAGAUAACUGUCUUUCAGAUAAAAAUAAAUUAUCGACAGUGAAUAUGCAGCCCAGUUGAAUGCUGCUCUUCUGUGAUGUUAAAGAACAAUGCUGCCAGACAUCAGACAUAAUUCAUCCUGUUUGGUCACAGCUAAUUUUGGGAUGCCAGCAUUUGACACCUAUUGUUUGGGGGGGGUUCUUGAAAAGCAUUUGUAGCCUGCAUAAAUAGCCCAGGCUAUUGGUCAGAAGUGGACUAUAUUAAGAACAGCAUAAUAAAUAAAUGAAAUAAAACCAAUUGGAAUAAUUCUGCUUUUUGACAAAUUUUAUUUGAUUCCCCCCUCAUAAAAGGUAUCCUAAAAGUUAAUAGUUUUUCUGAACAAAAUAAAAAUUUCUUUCUAUUUUAAUUUCCAUUAAAAAAAAAACCAAAAGGACUAGAACAGUCACAUUUAAAACAGUGGACACGUUUUGCAGGACCUAAAAUAGUAGAAUGUUUUAUGUGGGUUCAGCAGAGCUUGGUCCCUGCAAUGCUGUGAGUUUCAGUGAUUGCAUUAGUCUGACUGGUGGUUUUGAGUUUCAGAAAUCUAUGCCCAGCAUCCAGCCUGUGAGUGGAUUUCAUAUAGGAUGGGAGAGGAGGGAUUAUGCUGUUCUUAAUAUAGUCCACUUCUGACCAAUAGCCUGGGCUGUUUAUGCAGACUACAAAUGCUGCCCGCGUCCUAACCUCUUGAAUAAGGCAUUUGCAUAUUUCUCUUGUCUUUCAUGCCAUUCUCAAAAUAUUAACUUUAGUUAAAAUUGUAAAGCUUUUUAUGUGUGUAUAUAUAUAUAUAUAUGCUAAUGGGACAAAACAGUAUUUAAUCAAAGAACAUUUAUAUAUUAUUAUAUUGAACUUUGUGUUAAUUCAUUUGUGUCUUUAAAACAUCAUUGUUAAAGCCUCCUGUCAUGCACUGAGAAAAUCUUUUAGCGAAGCUAGCGUUUUACAUUAAGGUCUUGGUGUGUAUUUUGUUAAAUCAUUGACUCAUAUCCUGACAUGUUUUCUGGGUGUUAGAAAGCAUUUGGCUCCAGGAAACAUUUAACUGUUGAUGACAACAAUACUCAAAGAUAAUAGGAAAACUGGUUAUUACGUGGUUUGUGUUACGUGAGCGAAUUCAGAGUAAGGACGCUUAGGUGCUGGGGCACAGUAUUGAGCAUCGCUGCCUUCCAGAGUAAGAAAGUGCUUACAAGGAUGUUUCUGCUGUUACUUGGGUUCGAGUUUUUCUGGUAAACAGCAACAAAAUUCUAAUAUAAAUGAUUUCAGUGCUCUGUCCGCUAGGCUUUGUGUUGUUGUUUCAUCAAGCUUGGUGUAAGAAUUGAAAGAUAAAUUCCUGGGAUAUUGAAGAAUUAAAAACCCCUUUGCAUUGUUCUUGGGUGUCUCCCCGUCUUGUCCAUAUCCGGUGAGAUUUAAGGAUGAUAGCAUUUCAUUCCUUUUAUUUGGAAGUUUUACUUCAUUGUGAAUACAUGAAGUUAGUUACAAAUGAAGGACAAAGAUGAGAUGGAAAGUGUGUAUUUUAUCGUCACUCCUUAAAAUAGUGUGUAAGUAAAAUGAGUAUGCUUUAAGGAAAUCUUUAUGUGGUGCCUUAAGUUGAAGUAAAAUAUAUUUUGACUAUAUUGUUUGGAUUAAUUGUUAAUGACGUUGCUUCUGAUUAAAAACUUUCAUGUGAAUAAACAUUUUUACUGUAAUUAUUAAA